UGCAAUUCAAUCUCAGUGUUAUAUAUAAAAAUCAAAUCAGGAAAUUUUAGUUGUUGUGAUUUCGUGUUUGGUAUCGGAUAAACAACAUGAAAAUUUUUAUUUCUUUAGUACUUUUUUUGGCAUUUUCUACAGCAUUGCCAGUGGACACAGACGAGUCGGAAUACCUUCUAUAUGAAACAGAAGAAGGUCGCAUAGAAGUGGAGGACUUAAACAACUCAACCAUAGAGGCGUACGCUACAGAAAACGACAUUACAUUUUAUUUUUUCACUUCUACAAAUAAGGAUUUAGGGGUUGAAAUCAAAGAAAGCCAACUACACGAUAUAAUAAAGUUAACUGGCUUCGAUGUCCGGAAACAGACUCUCGUUAUAAUUCAUGGGUGGAAAAAUCAUUUCGAAUCCCCAGUGAACGACGUGAUCAAAUCAGCUGCAAUCUCUCAUCAUGAUAUUAACAUUAUCGUGGUCGAUUGGAGUCCAAUUUCCGGAAAAAAUUACGUUACCGCUAAAAAUGCAGUAGUCCGUGUGGGCAAUUAUAUUGGCAAUUUCUUAUUAAGACUAAAAGCUGAACUUCAUAAGUCUUUAUCUAGAGUUACUAUCGUUGGACACUCACUAGGAGCUCACAUCGCUGGUAAUGUUGGUGCGGCGACCAACGGUUUGAUAGAUAAUAUUGUCGGAUUGGAUCCUGCUGGUCCACUUUUCUCAGAAAGAAAUACAGACAAUAGAUUGGAUCCUACUGAUGCUAAGUUCGUGCAAGUGAUCCACACGAACGAUGGUCGUUUGGGAUUCGGAAUAAACAUGGGAGACGUGGAUUUUUAUCCUAACGGAGGCAGAUCUCAACCGGGUUGUGGAUUAGAUGUAACUGGUUCGUGCGCUCACAGUAGAGCAUACACGUACUACGCUGAAAGUUUAGUCAACAAUGAGUUUAUAGCGUAUUUGUGCGAAAGCGAAAGAGAUUUUAACCGAGAUAGGUGCACCACCAACUCUAAGAGUCGAAUGGGUGGUUUUCCAGUCGAUAAGAAGGCGUCUGGAGAAUAUUAUUUGAACACCAAUAGCAGACCACCAUACGCAUUAGGAGACUGAGGGAUUGUUUAUAUUGCAAAUAAAGGAUUACGAAACAUUAUUUACUUUCUUUACGAAACCUGUUUAAAGCAUAAUUUUAGGGAUAAGGCCACAGACA